GAAAUCCUGCACCUCCUUGGUGCCCAGCUGCUGUUUAGACCAUUGUUAAAUAAAUAUGAGAAAGAAACGCUAGCUAGACCCACUAGGAAGCAGUGGGUCUGGUGAAGGAGUGUAAUGACAACACUAUGAGAGCCUUCACGUACGGAACCCGCCAUAACUUCAAAGAUUGUGAUGAGUAUCUUCUAUUACUGUACACACUGGUCUUCUUGUCACAAUGGGAGAUGAUGAAACGCCUGCCUGAUGAGGGGACGUGAGGUGAAUGACCUAGGCAUUGCAACAUGGUAUUAGGCUACCGCUGACCUUCCGACAGGAGGUCAGAAGGAGGCUCUUCACCUCUGGACUAUGACCGAUGCAGAUGACAAUGAUGACUUCCCUACAAUGGCAGAAUGUCAAUUCAUUAUCAAACAUGAACUUGAAAAUCUUAGAGCCAGAGAUGAAAAGAUGAUCCCUGGUUACCCCCAGGCAAAGUUGUAUCCCAGAAAGUCGUUACAGAAUCACAGAUUGGAAUCUGCCUACCAGAAUCAUCUAAUUCUGAAAGUUUUAGUGCUCAACUUUCUGAACUGCUUUGCCUCGCUCUUCUACAUUGCGUUUGUCUUGAGGGACAUGAAGCUGUUGUGUCAGUGCCUCAACCUUCCCAGCUGCUUUUCAUUGUGAACAGAAAGCUCACAG